AUGAUUACAAUUGAACAUCAUUUGCUUGUUUUGAUCUUUAUCAAUUACUUCUUGAUAUCGUCUACAAACGCUGCUCGUUGUUAUUUAUGUUCAGAAGAUACACUUCGUGAAUGUAUAGGUAACAGUCAACCCGAUUCUUAUUUAUAUACAAAUAUUCUUCAAUAUUAUACUGAACCAUGCAAUGGUCAAUGUGUAUUAUUUCGCAAUGUAAAUGGAUCCAUUGUACGCGGCUGUUCGUGGACCUAUGGACAUAUGAUACCAAAAUCGAUCGGUUGGCAUGAAAUAAGUCCUCGAAUACAAGCUUAUUUUUGUGAUUCUCAUCUAUGUAAUAAUGGAACUGUCGAGGACAGCGAUAGUGGAAAUAGUAGAAGAGGAGCGAUAAAUAAUCCAAUUGUCUUAUCACCUCAUGAAUUAAAUUUAUUAGCAGCAAACAAUCAGAUAUUAAUUGAAAAAGAUGCUGAGCAACAUCCUCAAGUGCAUCAGUGCUAUUCGUGCACGGCACGUUUUGAAGGUUGUGGUGAGUUUAUAGAUUCACGCUACGCAUCGAACUAUAUUCGUCCGUGUUCAUCAAGUUGUAUUAUUUUUCGAAAUCCAAAUGAUCUUGACUUAAUCACACGAGAUUGUUCGACAUACUGGCCACAAGUACGCGUAAAGAGUGGUCUACAAAAACUGCUUGGAACCGAUGCAUUCUUCUGCCAAGAAUCUCUAUGUAAUGGUGUUAGUUUCGAUGUUAUCAUGGGUAUCUUUCAUAAUCAAUUACCAUCCGUUAUUACUUUUCCGUCAAUGCCUAUAACUGAAAACAUCGCGACCUACACUACGACUGAAAUUACUACUACACUGACGAUCGCUUCAUCUAUCAAGAAUACAACUGUUGAUAUUUACAAUGAUAACGCAAUAUGGGAUGAUCCUGAUUUAGAUUAUAAUUUAUUUGAACCUGUACUAUCAAUUGUUUCUUUGCCAAAUAAUCAUACUACUACGACUAUGGCUGAUCUCAGCGAGGAAUUUGAUAUUAUGGAUGAAAUACUCUUGAAUAGUACAUCAAUCGAUGACUUGAUGAAUCCUGAAUCGAAUAUUACGUUGAAUUGGUGGGAUUUCAAUGAUACUUUGAUUACAGUAUCACCAUCCAAUCUAACGGACGAUAAUGACGAUGAUUGGAUGAUAUUCAAUACAACUGUUGAGUUACCUAUUACAAGAUUUGAUCAUUUGUCUUCGGAAGACGAUGAUGAAGAUGAAGAUUAUCAAAUAUUAGAUUUCGACUCACAUUCGGACAUUGAUAAUAUGACUUUAAUGCUGAAUACAACAACAACAACAGCGACAACCACUCAUGCAUUAGAUAAUCUUACUGAACCAUUAUUUAUAUAUGAUUUGAAAGAUCAUCAUAUGAAAGAUCAAUUACUAGAAUUUUUCAAACCAUUUCCAACAUUAGCAAUACCUCCCUUUUCUUGGAUGUUAAGUAUGAUAAAUCAAACUCACAGUGAAUCACUCAAUUCCACGACGACAACAACAUCAACUACCACUACUCACACUACGAUGACGACUACGACUACUACUAUUAGUCGAAAUACGACAACAAUCUUCCAAGCACCUUUCGAAUAUUGUAAAGAUAGACAUUGUCGUCAUAGUGGACGUUUAAAUUCGGAUUGUCUAUGUGUCUGUUUACCUGCGUUCACGGGUGAUGAGUGCGAAACAGUGCUCUGCGAACAAGAACCAGCACAUAUAUGCACAUUUGUACUUGAACAUGAGUGCUCAACAGAUUAUAUUCGAUAUCUUUGUCCAAAAUUCUGUCAGAUGAACAAUUGUACUUCGAAAGUCGCAUGA